GUUAAUUGGUAUGAUUGAAUAUCAAUAUGAAACGGCCUGCUCAGCAAGACAUAAACAACGAGAGACACGGUAUGGUGGUCGGUCAUAGUGUCGUAUGUGUAGCCCCUUGGAGAAUAUUAUAAAAGACUUGUGUACCGCUACCGAUGAGUAGGUUGAGUUUUUGCAUCGUGUAGAUCCUCGUUAUAACUUAUUCUUUCUUACUCGUUCGAUUUCUACUAGGAAUGUCGUCCUCUUGAGUAAGGCAGGCGAUAUAAAGGUGAUCUCCAUCUCUAUUUUUCACUGAGGCUUUCUGUUUUCCGAUCAUGUACAAAGCAGAGGACGGCGACGGGCAGGCCAACUCUAUCGUAUAGCGGUAGGCACCAGUUAACUUCCCGAGAGCUGCGCCGGACUGAGGCCCGGGGUGUGAAAGAGGGAGGCCCACACUUGGUUGAUCUUGCUUGACAUGUCAGGGGACACCAUGACCAUGAUUCGGCCUCUAUUGCGCAGUGCGCAUCUCGAAACGGUAACUGGGAGUCACCGUCCAUGCCCUACUUUCUGCUUACCCUUGCCGCAGUCGUCCGCUGGGCAAAGCAGGAGGGAAACGAGGACGCGCCUCGGAUUCAGACGUGCAGUGCUGCCGCAACAUGCAGCUGGAGCAGACCCGCAUCAUAGCCAGCGAAAGCGACAUUAUUCCAUAGGAAGCAUAGAACAAUUCUCAUCGAGGAAAACGACGAGACCAGCGACCGCGUCGCAAGCAAAACGGUACUUUGCAAAGACUGCUCUCAAACCGACUAUUGUGAAGGACUCGCACGUAGCAUAUGGCGGCAAGCUCGUAGAUUUUGCCGGCUAUGCUCUACCUGUGCAGUAUUCCUCAUCAGCUAUGAAUGCUGGCGACGCGGCGGAGAGGAACAAGCAUGCUCUGUCCAUCGUUGAUAGCGUUAAAUGGACUCGGGAAAGCUGCAGUUUAUUUGACGUGUCGCACAUGUGCUCCUUGAGUUGGCAUGGCCGCGAUGCAACGGAAUUCUUGGAUUAAGGGAAUAAGUCUUCUUAGCCAGUCUCCUGAUGAAGCUGAAGAUAAGUACUCAAAUUUUUGUAGUAAUCAAAGAAGUACUGAACAGAAUAUUGUCGUAUAGGUGAGUCAUCCGUGGACGAAGUGCAAGUGGAUCGCGCUAACGGAAGACCAUGUGUGUGGCUGAUGUCCAAGCACUAGCACCAGGACAAGGUGGGCUCUCCUUACUCACGUCAGCGACUGGCGGGAUAAUCGACGACACGAUGAUCACAAAACUGUAUGGAGGAGGCCAAGAGGAAGAAUAUUUUUUGAAGCAGUUAAGACCUAAGAAAGGAGAUAUUGCUGGUUCUGGUUUGAGAAAAAUUAUCUUUUACCGUCUUACAUUGACAUUGUCGCUCUCGCUUUUAUAUUUGGAAAUUAUUUAUUGAUUGUAGCUCCAAGAAUAGAACGAGACUGAGAGUUAUUAAGCGAAUAAUAUGUGCGGCGCUCAUCAUCUUCCUCUUUCCUUCUGAAUCGUAUUACUUCUGUCUGGUGUGACUAUCACCCCAGGCUCUGCUGCGAACGACUAGUCCCAAACUAUCUCCUUUAAACCAUGGAACUAGUAUUGGCGGGGACAGUGUCGGAAAUUCAAGUUCAACACACGACUCGUGCAUCUACCAAGUAAUAAACGCAGGCUGCGCUGACAAGGACUUAGAUCACUUGAAAAAACACCUCGAAACGUUCACGAGCAGUGGCAAGGUAUAACUUCUAACUUCCAGUGCGUUUUAGUAGUUGCAACAACCUGUACCUUUUCAGCUGAAAACAGUCUUCGAAAUACUUUUUCUGCUAUAUUGUGAUUAUGAUCUCGGCGAUAAUUCUAGCCUUAGACAUUUUUCCUGUUCUACCUUUGUUAUAAUUUUCUUGAAAUGUAAACGUGAAGUUCUUGAAGGGUCUGGGUCUUCUAUGUUCGUUGUAUCUUGACAUUCAUUACUAACACUCGGUAAAAUCUAACAACUCUACGAAAAAGACAGAAAAAGUGAACUCGAACUCGUUCAGGACUGCCGUCUUCGUGUUCACUGGGACGAGCGUGGGCUUUUCGCGCUCCAAGGUCCUCAAGCUGCAGGCGUCCUUGAACGACUAGCAAAGCAGUCCGUUGCCAAAUUCGGUUUUGGGUCAGCUUUUUUCCUCGAUUUAGUUAAGCGUUGUCUGAUCAUGUUUUGUUGUUGACUAGUAUUGUAUCCCUGUUGUUGUUGUAACUGUAAGAACUGACUACUUGUUGGUAGAUACUCAAGUAGGAGCAUGUAACGUGCAGCACGAGCGAGACGUGAUGCAGCAAGCAAUGUAUCUGUAAUUCUACGUUUUCCUCGUUUCUCUAUCCGGGCCCCUAUAAUUUAGAAAAAAACCUUCAGAUCUAGAUGCAGAUGGCCCUACUCUCUGGAUUGAUCGAUUUAUCUACAAGCACGUUGUAGUUCGUCAGAAGAUGAUGAAACACAGACUUAGGCAUUAAAAAGCAUCGACCACACACUAAUCUACUUGGUACACCGUGCCUGAUUGCCAGGGGUGGUUACACGGGCGAGGACGGAUUUGAAAUUUUCGCGCCGAAGGAGGUUGCCUGCCAGGUUUGGGACGGGUUACUUGAGGAUGAUGCUGUGCGACUCGCCGGGUUGGGUGUGCGCGACGCUCUUCGACUAGAAGCUGGGCUGUGCCUCUACGGCCACGAUAUCCAUGAGGAGACCACACCAGUGGAAGCCAGUCUGCUUUGGACUAUCGCGAAAACGAGGAGAAGCGGCACGCGAGCCAACUUCCUUGGCGCCGAGCCGGUCCUGAAGCAAGUGGCGGAAAAAAGCGACUCGAAAAGGCGCGUCGGACUGGUCGUGGAGGGUCCUGUACCAGCAAGAGAAGGAAUGGAUCUGCUAGAUCCAGCGAGCGGGAACAAAAUUGGCGUAGUCACCAGCGGGCGCGAGUCUCCAGUACUCGGCACGAAAAUAGCAAUGGGAUAUUUGAAUAAACCCUUCAACAAAAUUGGAUCAUCUGUUAAAGUAAAGAUUCGUAGUAAGACCGCAGAUGCUAAAGUAGUGAAGAUGCCAUUCGUAGAAACGAGAUACUACAAAGUUUGAACAGUGGAAAUUAUAUGGCGAAUCGAAAAUGUCGUUGCAAACGGCGGGGGGGCAUUGGCGAAGAUGGGGAUGGGGUUGGGGAAGGACACCGAUUACUAGAUAGUAUUAUCCUAGUCUAUUCACUCAGAAAAACCAGAAUACAUCAUGGACAUCUACAUCGCUCUUCCCCUUGCGAUUACAAAUACGUUAUGCGUAUUUCGGUACCGGCAUUCUCAUGGAUUCUUGACGGAAUAUGGAUGAAACAAACAGGACAUCAUCAAGUAGAACGGGUUCAACGACUUCAAACUAAAGGAGAUGGAAACUUUCAACAUGGUGCAAGAAGUCGUACCCGUAGUAGAUGUAGAUCGAGACAAUUGAUACUACCAUAUAGAAACUGGGCCUCUGCACAGGGCGGGGCAGCGAUGUGGUCAAAUGCUGGCACUUUCUGAUGACAUCUUCACCGGAGAAAGACCCUGUUUUUUUUACACUUUCAACCUACCAUCACACAGAAAGUGCAGAGGGU